GCCGCGCGGUAUUUGAAUCCUGGAACCAGGCGACAACGCGAAGGUUCCCGGCGUUGCGGGCUGGAGUGCAGAGCUAACGGCGUGGCGGAAGCUUGUGCUCUCCCUCUGCCCUCCGCGUCCCUCCCUGGGCCGGCCUGGCGCUCUGGCCCGCCGCGUCCCUCAUGGCGCUGCUCCGACGCCCGACGAUGUCCACCGAUUUGGAGAAUAUUGACACGGGAAUUAAUUCUAAAGUGAAGAGUCAUGUGACACUUCGGCGGGCAGUUUUAGAAGAAAUUGGAAAUAGAGUUACAAGCAGAACCACACAAGUAGCUAAGAAAGCUCAGAACACCAAAGUACCUGUUCAGCCCACCAAAACAACAAAUGUCAACAAACAACUGAAACCUACUGCUUCUGUGAAACCAGUCCAGAUGAAAAUGUUGGCUCCAAAGCGUCCUUCUCCCACACCUGAGGAUAUCUCCAUGAAGGAAGAGAACCUCUGCCAAGCUUUCUCUGAUGCCUUACUCUGCAAAAUCGAGGAUAUUGAUAAUGAAGACUGGGAGAACCCUCAGCUCUGCAGCGACUACGUUAAGGAUAUCUACCAGUAUCUAAGGCAGCUCGAGGCUCUGCAGUCCAUAAAUCCCCAUUUCUUAGAUGGAAGAGACAUAAAUGGACGUAUGCGUGCCAUCCUGGUGGAUUGGCUGGUGCAAGUCCACUCCAAGUUUAGGCUGCUGCAGGAAACUCUGUACAUGUGCAUUGCCAUUAUGGAUCGAUUUUUACAGGUUCAGCCAGUCUCUCGUAAGAAGCUUCAACUGGUUGGGAUUACAGCUCUGCUCUUGGCUUCCAAAUAUGAGGAGAUGUUUUCUCCAAAUAUCGAAGACUUCGUUUACAUCACAGACAAUGCGUAUACCGGUUCCCAGAUCCGAGAAAUGGAAACUCUAAUUUUGAAAGAACUGAAAUUUGAGUUGGGUCGACCUUUGCCUCUACAUUUCUUAAGGCGGGCAUCAAAAGCCGGGGAGGUCGAUGUUGACCAGCACACUUUAGCCAAAUAUUUGAUGGAGCUGACGCUCAUUGACUACGACAUGGUGCAUUAUCACCCUUCUAAGGUGGCAGCAGCUGCCUCCUGCCUGUCCCAGAAGGUUCUAGGCCAAGGAAAAUGGAACUUAAAGCAGCAGUAUUACACAGGCUACACGGAGAAUGAAGUACUGGAAGUCAUGCAGCACAUGGCCAAAAAUGUAGUGAAGGUGAAUGAAAACUUAACGAAAUUCAUCGCCAUCAAGAAUAAGUAUGCAAGCAGCAAACUCCUGAAGAUCAGCACGAUUCCUCAGCUGAACUCAAAAGCCAUUCAAGAGCUGGCCUCACCUCUGAUGGGACGCUCCUAGGCUGCCGGGGCCCUUGGGAAGAGUGCUUCAUCUCUGCACUUUGGCUCACUGAUUUGGAACUCCUGACUUUGUAUAUAAUCAUCUGGUCUGGUUCAUGAAAUCUCUUCUGAGGCCUAUUUUCUAAAUGUAUAUUGAGGAAAAAUAAAGCUAUUGAUUUGUCUUAAGGUA